AUGUCUGCUCUUGUCGGGACCGUCUGCACGACGCCGGAAUGCGGCAAGCCAGGGACCAUGGCUUGCCCCACCUGCAUCAAGCUCGGGUUGCCGGCCAGCCGGUACUGCGCCCAGGCAUGCUUCAAGGGGGACUGGGGACGCCAUAAGGCGAUCCACAAGCUGGCGAAGGCGAAGGCAACGGCAUCCUCCGGCGCGACAACUCCCGCCGUGCGGCGAGAAUUCAACGGUUACACGUUUUCAGGGGAUCUGAGACCCGCCGCCCUCUCCGCGACGAGAGUGGUUCCGCCGCAUAUCCGGCGACCCGACUACGCCGAUCACCCCGAAGGGCGGUCCAUGUGUGAGGAGGGGAGCAAGAGGGGGGGAGGGAGCAACGCCAUCCCCGUGUACACGGCCUCUCAGAUCCGGGGCAUCAGGGAGGCGUGCAGGAUCGGGCGAGAGGUUUUGGAUGCGGCCGGGAGGGCCGUUCGGGUUGGAGCUACCACUGACGAGAUCGAUCGGGUGACCCACGAGGCAACGGUGGAGCGAAACGCUUACCCGUCCCCCCUUAACUACUACAACUUCCCGAAGAGCGUGUGCACGUCGGUCAACGAGAGCAUCUGCCACGGGAUCCCGGACAUGCGCGAGCUUAAGGACGGGGACAUCGUGAACGUGGACGUGACCGCGUACUUCGGGGGUUUCCACGGCGACCUUAACGAGACGUUCAUGGUUGGCAAGGUGGACGAGGAAAGUGCGGGGCUAGUCGAGACGGCGUACCGAUGCCUGUCCGCCGCGGUGGACAUGGUGCAACCGGGGGCCAUGUACCGGGACUUGGGGGCGAGGAUCGGCAAGAUCGCCAGGGAAAACGGCUGCCAGGUGGUGAAGACCUACUGCGGCCACGGUAUCGGCGAGCUGUUCCAUACGGUGCCGACGGUCCCGCACUACCCCAAGAAUAAGGCCAAGGGUGUCAUGAAGCCUGGCCACAUCUUCACCAUCGAACCCAUGAUCAACGUUGGGACUUGGCAGGACAGGACGUGGCCAGACAACUGGACCUCCGUGACGGCCGACGGGCAACGAUCGGCGCAGUUUGAGCACACCCUCCUGGUUACAGACCAAGGGUGCGACAUUCUCACCGCACGAGACGGAAAGACUUGGAUGGAGUGGGACGUCGCGGCGGUGCAAAGAUGAUCGGGGAGAGGAACGAGGAACCCCGUGGGGAAUGGCCUACUAAGUACGGGUUCUCCUGCCGUCAUGCCGGGGAUAGAUGCACCUCAUGGAGGGGUUGGGAGCGUGCCCCCCCCCCCGAGAGGAACUAUCGGCGGAAGGAGGGGAUCAUAAGCUUGUCCCUCGCGGGAAACGCCGCCGCUUUGCAGUUUGUGUGGACGAAGUAGAGGGGGGCGACAGAGCUCCAAGAGGCCUCGGGGUAUCAGUAUGUUGUGUUUGGUGAGCCCGCGAUUUGGUACAAGCGCGGCACCUGAGGGUCACCGCCCAGCGAGCACUGACGAGUCAUACGGCCGGUGCGAUGGAAGGACGGGGGUAGGCGAUGUGCUUGUGUUUCGGGGAUCGGGGGACGGGGGACGGGGGGGUUGUGUUUCCAGUUGUAGCUUCGUGGUAGCUCAUCCCCUGGGUGUUUGUUAAGUCUGGGGCAGGCGUCCUGUGCUGCCUGCAUAUCUUUCCUCAAACUACCUGUCUGAAGUGUUCUUUGCGCCGCGAAUUCUAGAGGCUAACAGGUGCAGCCUAACCCUAACCCAGUUGACCUACCGCCGAGGCAAAACUGCUGUAUGGUAUUUUGUGUUUCCCGUUGAUUGUUGUUUCGAACGGUCCAUGGAACGGUCUGUCUUUGUGAAAAAACUCAGCACUGCAGGUGGGGUUUGCGAAAUUGCUGUUGCCAUCAAAAUAUCAGAUUACCAAUUGUUUUCUUCUCGAAUUUCUUCGAAGAGACUUCGUGCGUAUUAUAGUGUGCACGUUCAGCUGUUGCCUGUUGACUAAAUAGCCUCCAUGGCAAGGAAACGAGAGGUCCAACAACUAUGUAUGUUCGUUUUUAUUUUUGAGCGGGCUUCAGGUGUCUACCAACGGUGUACCAUGUGGACUAGCCUGCCGCACCUUGCAACCGCUGCAUUUCGGUGGUUCUUCCUUCCUGCGUGUGGGGAAAUGACGUCGAAGGUAGACUACUAGUCAAUCAAGUAGUUCC